AUGAUAUAAAUAGUUUAGGAAGGAUAGGGUAAGCAUUGUGAUUAAUAUUAGAUUAAUAAGAAAGAUAAGAAUUUGAAGUUGAUGAUAAUUAAUUUAGGAGAUGGGAAUAAGUUGCUAAUCAAUAUAGAUAAGAGAUACUAGUAAAAACUUUCAAAUUAUGAUUAUUAGUUGUUGGAACAGCAAUUGUGGUAGACCAACAUUGAUAAGGUAUUUUAGAAGGGUAAAGGUGUACCUAAGAAAUUGUAAUAAAAACUGAGGAAGAUGAAGAUGGGAAAAUCCAACAGGUAGUGCAGUAUUUGUUGUAAUAAUUUCUCUAAGGAUGAAACGAUAAUACAACUACCCUGUAAACAUAUUUUCCAUUAAUCUUGCUUAUUUUCUUGGCUUGAUCAUAGUACGAAAUGUCCUAAUUGUCGAAGUGAUGUAUUGGAAGGUUUGAAGAGUGAAGAGAAAUGA